AUGUAUUUUAUUAUUCUCCAGAGCCCCCCGACAUUAAAGCGGACCAAGAGGAACCAGAGCCCCCCGACAUUAAAGCGGACCAAGAGGAACCAGAAGGAACAGGAGGACCCAGAGCCCCCCCACAUUAAAGAGGAACAGGAGGAACUCUGGACCAGUCAGGAGCGAGAGCAGCUUCAAGGGCUGGAGGAGGCUGGUCUCAAGUUCUCAUUCACUGUAAAGAGUGAAGAUGAUGAAGAGGAAGCUCAGUCCUCUCAGCUUCAUCAAAGACAAACUGAACACAUGGAAACAGAAGCUGAUGGAGCGGAUUGUGGAGGACCAGAACCAGACAGGAAGUUAGAUCCAGAAAGACAUCCAGGACCAGAUACUGAUGAGACUGAGGACAGUGAUGAUUGGGAGGGGACUGAGGACAGUGAUGAUGGGGAGGAGACUGAGGAACCUCAGUCAGAUGUGAACCCUCAAAACAAAGAAGUACCUGUAAGUGAUGUGAACUGUAGUACUGGAAAUACAUCAAUCAGCUCUCCUGAAUGUGCUGGAAGCUCUGACCACAAGGGACAUCUGGAGAAACCCACUAGCUCCAAAACAGGAGAGAAACCAUUUCAAUGCUCACUUUGUGACAAAAGAUUUGGAUUCAAUAAGUAUCUAAAGAAACACAUGACUGUCCACACAGGAGAGAAACCAUUUCAAUGUUCGCUUUGUGGCAAAAGAUUUGGAUUCAAUAAGUAUCUAAAGAAACACAUGAGUGUCCACACAGGUGAGAAACCAUUUAGUUGUUCCUUGUGUAGUAAAACAUUUUCACUUAAGGGAAACCUGAACUUUCACAUGACUGUCCACACAGGAGAGAAACCAUUUAGUUGUUCAGUGUGUAGUAAAACAUUUUCACGUAAGGGAAACCUGAACUUUCACAUGAUUGUCCACACAGGAGAGAAACCAUUUGGUUGUUCUGUGUGUAGUAAAACAUUUUCACAUAAAGUAAGCCUGAACGAUCACAUGUUUGUCCACACAGGAGAGAAACCAUUUUGUUGUUCCGUGUGUAGUAAAACAUUUUCUCUUCAGAGAAACCUGAACGGUCACAUGUUUGUCCACACAGGAGAGAAACCAUAUAGUUGUUCCGUUUGUCGUAAAACAUUUACACAAAAGCAACAUCUGAAACGACAUUUAGUUGUCCACACUAGAGAAACUAAUUAGUCGUGGAGUUUCUCAACAAGAUUCUCUUUUCUCGGUUAUUCCAAAAAUCACAAUUUAGUUAUGAGAGUCUCUGAAAUAAACAUGGUUAAACACUUAAAAACUGUCAGGCUGAUACAAACUCCAACAUAAAUCUAUUCAGCUGAGAUUAAGCUUCACAUCAAUUUAUAUUCUUUGAUGUCAGUUUCUCUGGUAUUGUCUUAUGUUUCAUGUGUUAUGUGUUGUCAUGUAUAUAUGAAUUUAAAUGGUUUUCCAUUGUCAAAGUAUUUCAUGUCCUCUAUGCAGCACUGUGGUUUGAGCUGAAUUCUCAUCGGUGAUGAAACUGAGGAACAUUUGUAACCUUCUUUCUCUUCAGCAACGUUUCUCUAAAUAUGUGUGUUCAUGAUGUUCAAUGUUUUAAUGGAAGUUACAUUUAUAAUGUUUACGUGAAAUGUGAAAUGAAUUGCUUUCAUUAAUGAAAUGUAUUGUUCACUGAUAUGAUUUCCACCCUGUUAUCUGAGUGUUAUUGAACCUCUGGCCGAGGCUAUUAGAAUACACCUACAUGUUAAAGGUAUUAACAGUGGGAAAAUGGAGCAUAUUAUUUCACUGUAUGCAGAUGAUAUACUGCUAUUUCUCCAUAACCCUAAACAAUCAAUGUGCUCAAAAUAAUCUGUGAAUUUGGUAGAUUCUCUGACUGUAAGAUCAAUAUGGGUAAAUCAACUGCCCUACCACUUGGAGGCAUUAGAGACCUGGAUAACAGCAUAAUAUCUCCAUUUAAUUUAUCUCCCAAUGGCUUUAAAUACCUGGGAAUCCAUGUCUGCUCCCAACUGGAAGACCUGGUGAAGAUGAAUCUGUCUCCUGUCCUCAAACAGAUUAAACUGGAUUUACAUAGAUGGCUGCCGCUCCCAAUUUCUUGGCUGAAUAUACUCCCUAGAAUGUUGUACCCCUUGCAAAUGAUACCCAACAAUAUCCCAAGUAUUUUUUUUAUAGAUUUGCAUAAAACCAUUUCUAAAUUUAUUUGGAAAAAUAAACACCCUGAAAUGAUAUUAGAGAAACUCCAACUGCCAGUGGUAAAUGGGGGUCUAGCAGUACCAAAUGUUCUAUAUUAUUUCUGGUCAAUACAACUGAAAGAUGUAUCAGAAUGGGUGGCACAACACCCCAAAUCAAUAUGGUUAGACUUUGAAAUGAAAGGAUGUAACUAAUUAUCAAGUGCACCUUUCUUAAAUACUGUUAAACAAACACUAGGCACCAGUGACAACUUUAUUGUGAGUAACAUUCUAAGCAUGUGGAUUAGGGUAAAGAAGGUGUUUUCUUUCAAUAAAAAUAGUCUUGUUAUGCACUGAUUGUUAAUAACCCCAAUUUGAUUCCUUCCUGUAUUGCCCCUGGUUUUGAAGAAUGGAACACACAUGGGAUCCAGGUGAUAAACGACCUCUAUGAAAGUGGUACCAUAAAGUCUUUUAAUAAACUUCAGGAUGAGUAUGAGCGGCCCAAAACACAGUUUUUCUGAUUCUUAAACUCUGAACCCCGAUUCAAAGAAGGUCAUGGACCAGAUCUGAUGGAGUCAGUGAUUCACCAAGUCUGCCAGCUGAAGAGGAACAAAACUAAGUCAGUUAACCAAUGGAAAACAAUCAUGUUAAAUAGCAAAUGAAUAUGUAGUAGUUGCAAAUUAUACAUAAAUUACAAACUACCAUAUAUAGUAGGAGCACAUAUGACAGAAUGUUCUGGCGUAUGUUUAAGGUGUAAGCAACAUGUUGGCUCUUAUGUGCAUUUAAUUUGUCUCUGUGCAGAAAUUAAUAACUUGGUUUGAAAUUGGGAACCAAAUAUCGUCCAUAAUAAAAUGUGCUCCAUCCUCUCUUAUGUAUCCUAGGCCCACACACUGCCUCACCUGUAAUAAACAGACAGAAGAAUCCUCAGUCUUAUAUGGAUUAUCUAUCCUACAGCAUUAGCUUAGCAUUGGCUGGACAGCACCACACCAUCUGCCUCUAGCUGGCUUCACAAUGUCCUACAACUCCUGCCAUUGGAAGACUCACACAUGUUGUCCAAGGAGACGUGAACAGGUUAUUUUCCGUCUGGAACCCUUUUAUGAAUUUUAUUGGCGAGGACGAUGCCGAAACCAUACGCAGAGGCUUUGCAACCUUGGGACCCAAGUGACUCUGAAGGAAUGGGUCAGCAAUAUUUUACUUAUUAUGAUUUAUUGGUUUUGACGGACAUAAAAGGGGGUUUCCUGUUCUGCAAUUCUGUUUUAGCAUUGGUUGUCGAUGUGUCUGGCUUCCUGUGUAGCGAGCACGUUGUACAUAAUCUUCUUUGGGGGGACAUUCGACAAGUAGCCUGGAUGAGUUGAACAUAAAAUGGUGGUAAGAAUGAUAUAAAUACAAUUUUUAUAGUAGGUUCAAUAAGGAGGAUGAUGAUUUAUGAUGAUUCAUGUUCGAUUUAUAUCAGUUGGUUGUUAUGCUGUUAUGUAAUUUUUAUUUUUCAGUUUUUUGUUGUCUAGUAAUGUGAGGUAAUCUGUAACUUGUAAAAACUUAAAAUAAA